AUGCCUCCUCAAUUCGGCGCAGGAGGCUUCGUUGAGCAGACAACGCCCGACCCGGGCGCCAUGUCCUUGAAACAGGAGAUCGAGAUUUGGGUCCACGCUCUAGAUGCCUAUGAUAACCAGGAAUUUGAAGAAUCACUGCGGUUUUUCGAUUUGAUUGCCGACACAUCCAAGAUUCUGUUCAACUGUGGAGUCAUCUAUGCGACACUCGGCGAACAUGAGCAGGCAGUGGAAUGCUAUCAACGCGCGGUUGGGUUGGACCGAUAUCUUGCCAUUGCCUACUUUCAGCAGGGCGUGUCGAAUUUUCUACUCGGGGAUUUUGAAGAAGCAUUGGCUAACUUCAACGACACUCUACUCUACCUUCGGGGGAACACGUCAAUCGACUAUGAGCAGCUAGGCCUGGCAUUCCGACUGUUUUCGUGUGAGGUGUUGUUUAAUCGCGGACUGUGCUAUGUCUAUCUGCGGCAGCUGGGCCCGGGCAUGCAGGACAUCGAGUAUGCGGCCAAGGAGAAGGUCACACCGGACCAUGAUGUGAUCAACGAUGCAAUUCGGGAAAACGCAGAGGGUUAUACCGUGUUCUCAAUUCCUGUGGGGGUUGUAUAUCGCCCAAGCGCAGCCAAAGUCAAGAACCUCAAAACGAAGGACUACCUGGGCAAGGCCCGACUAGUUGCCGCAUCAGAUCGCAAGCAAGGUCCAGACCCUCGAUGGAAGCCAUUGAUCAUUGACCCAGCGGCCCUCGAGGGCCGUGAAGGAGUGUCAUUUGCCGCCACACAUCUCGUCCACAAGAACCCCAACAGUCGCAGUCGCCAGCAGUCAGAACCGCCAUUAAACCGCAACGUCUUCCCGCCGACGCCGCCGCCUGAGGACCGAACAGCCAACGAUGGCUCAAUGAUUGGAGGACAGGAGGGUUCUUCUACGCAUCAGCGCUCAUCAUCUGUUCGAGCCGCCCGCCCGCCUCGACUAGACCUCGAUCGGAUGGGGGCUGGGCUAGAAUGCCGGUUUGGGGCCCCGGAAGCAGUAGCAGCCGAGAAACCGCGCAUCGGGACUACACGGACCGCAUCAGAACCUCGAGGCCCGCCAUCGCGCCAAAACAUGCGGGGCUUUGGCCAGGAGCCGAGUCGAGAAGCAUAUUCUCGCGAGCGGGCUGGUCAUCGAAGAAACCUCAGCGACACGAACUUUCCGCCUGAGUCGGACUAUGGGAGUAAUGCAAACGCAUACGAUCCGUACGCCAACCACUACCGCCCGACCAACACCGGCUGGGGUCGAUUACCCCGACACCAGCCACCACAAUUCAUCGAAGAAGAAGAGGAAUACGACAGCGACGUUUGCGACGGCGAGCCCCUGCACGACGGAGGCUUCGAGAUGGUAGGCAUGCCGCCGCCGGUGCCAGCACCACUCGCACCCCAGCAACGGCGGCCACGGUCGCCAGCGCCGGCGCCGCGAAGACCUGAGAUCCGCAAAUUCCGCACCAAAGUGCAUGCCCCGGAUGACACACGGUAUAUCAUGAUCGGGGAGACGGUAGAAUUCGCCGAGUUCGAGGCCCGCAUCCGGGAGAAGUUUGGAUUUCGCUGUGCGUUGAAGUUGAAGGUUCAGGAUGAUGGUGAUAUGAUUACCAUGGUGGACCAGGAGGAUUUGGAUCUGCUCUUGAGCUCGGCUCGUGAGGUUGCCCAUCGAGAAGGCACCGAGAUGGGGAAGAUGGAGGUCUGGGUGGAAGAGCGGUCCAUGAUCUGA